AUGGAGGAUCAUGUUCUUAUGCUUUUAUUUUUCAGAAUUGAGACAGAAAAGAAGAUAUUGCAAUUGGUAAAGAAGGAAAAAGCUCCAUUCCUGAUUGGCUUAGACACUUACUUUGUGACAAACUACAAUGAGUGUUUGGUUAUGGAAUAUGCCCCAGGAGGUGACCUAAGGUUACUUAUGGACAAGUAUGACCUGCCACUGAAAUGCAGCAUAUUUUAUGCAGCCUGCAUUGUGCAAGGACUGAAAUUUCUGCAUGAAAACAACAUUGUCCAUAGAGAUUUGAAGCCUGAAAACAUUUUGUUGGAUAAGAGAGGAUAUCCCAGAAUUACAGACUAUGGAAUUAGCAAAACUGGAAUAGGUUUUGAGGAUCAAAUUUAUGGCCGAUGCGGCACUCGCCCAUAUAUGGCCCCUGAAAUAUUCACAGAAUCUCACUAUACCAGAUCGGUGGACUGGUGGGCCUUAGGUGUCAUCAUUUAUGAGAUGAUACUUAGAAAGUUGCCAUUUGAUGGAGACAGUGGUUGUGAGAUUCGUUUAAAAAUUAUCUAUGAAAGGCCAAACUAUCCACGUACCCUGCCUGCAUAUGUCCGUGAUAUACUACAAGGACUGCUGAAUAAAAAUCCCGCACUGCGCCUGGGAUCGACUGUAGAAGGAGCGCACGCGGUUAUGGAACGACCAUUCUUCUUUGGAAUGAAAUGGGAGGCUUUAAGGAGGAAAGAAAUCAAGCCUAUGUUUAUUAUGAAUUACACUGAAUAAGUCUCUUCGAGUAAAGCUAAACUCAAGAACUGGGAAUUAUAAUUAUGGACUGUUUGCUAUAAUAAUGGUCUAGAAGAAAUGGCAUUAUUCUAAGUGGUGUAAACAUCAUGGGCCCGUAAAGUCCCAUGGUGCUAAGCUGCCUGUGGGUGGAGGGUGGGUGGGCCCUUGGACAAAUCUUGCCCAGGGCCCCGCAGGCUUCUGUUACCACCACUGAAUAUACAAGAGUGUUCCAGCUGCCUGAGGAAUAAAGUCUUCUGAUCCUCUGCUGCAAGUCAAAAUGACAAGAACAAGGAUGUUUCACUACUCAUCCGAGCAGCUUCUUCAGUUCAACUGACU